GGAUAAUCGACCAAACCACCAUGUGUGUUAGCUAUAAAAACAGGUAGUGACAUGACUCAGUUCUGACCCCGGAGAUGCCGAAGAGACGAGACAUCGUCGCCUUUGUGUUGAUCGUGUUGCCUUGGACACUGCUCAUCACGGUUUGGCACCAGAACACCGUCACUCCUCUGCUUUCUACUCGCAAAGAUGACAGACGACUUGGUCGCUCAAACUCCAGGAAUACUUUUGCUUUCAAGGAGUCGUGCUCACAUCAGAACCGGGACAUGGUGGAGGUGGAGCGCACCGAGUUUGUCUACAGCCGGCCUCCACCAUGGUCCGACAUCCUGCCCACUAUCCACAUCAUCACCCCAACCUACAGCCGCUCGGUGCAGAAGGCCGAGCUGACGCGCCUGGCCAACACUUUGCUGCACGUCCCCAACCUGCACUGGAUCCUGGUGGAGGACUCUCAGAGGAGGACCACUCUAGUCAGCAAUCUCCUCCAAGAGACUGGACUCAACUACACACACCUCAACGUGGAGACACCGAGAAACUAUAAGGUACGAGGGGACACUAAGGACCCCAGAAUACCUCGGGGGACCAUACAGAGGAACCUGGCCGUGCGCUGGCUCAGGGAGACCUUCAGUGAAAACAGCAUCCAGACCGGGGUGGUGUACUUUGCAGAUGAUGACAACACCUACAGCCUGGAGCUGUUUGAGGAGAUGCGUUAUACCAAAAAGGUGUCGGUGUGGCCGGUGGCCUUUGUGGGGGGCUUGAGAUACGAGUCUCCUAAAGUAAACACCCUGGGCAAGGUGUACGGCUGGAAGACGGUAUUUGACCCCCACCGACCCUUCGCCAUCGACAUGGCUGGGUUUGCAGUAAACCUGCGCCUCAUUCUGUCCAAUCCUCAGGCUUUUUUCAAGUUACGAGGGGUGAAAGGUGGUUAUCAAGAGAGCAGUUUAUUGAAAGAGCUGGUUAUUCUCAGCGAUUUGGAGCCUAAAGCUGCUAACUGCACCAAGGUAUUAGUCUGGCACACACGGACAGAGAAGCCUGUGCUGGUAAAUGAGGGCAAGAAGGGAUUUACAGACUCUGAUGUGGAGAUAUGACAUACUUCACAUCACACAGGAGCAAUUAUUCAUUGGAUUAGCUAGGGUCAAAGACAUUAUCAAAGCAUAGUAGCUGUACUUCAGCAAUGAAUGCAUACCUAUCCAUCCAAGGAGGCAGCACAAGCAUCAUGCUUAAACAGACUACAGUAAGCACAACUGCACAGAACAAGCCUGCUCAGAGCGAUGGAUGAUGAGACACUAAAAGGAGUCGACAAAAGAAGCUUGCCCACUGAGGUCUCAUCUGAGAGCUAAAAGAAAGGAUAUUACAUGAUUCAAACUGCAGGAAGGGACGGCACGGCAAGCAAUAAAGAGCCCUGUGAGUGCAAACAACACCAGCCGAGCAUCCAAUCAGCAUUAAAUAGGGCCCUUUUGUUCUGAAGCGAGCUGGCUGUCUGGCACAGGGCUGCACAGCGGAACACAAGGGGCCCUUGUAUAAAGUGAGUCAGCUCUGACUGACAGACUGCACUGAGGGGAUCUGAGCCCUCCCCACUAUACUGUACAACACUGAGCUAUUAAGAUAGCACCCUGAACCCAGCACUAAUUAAGAGUCCUGUUACACCUUAACAUACAUUUGCGUAUGCCCAGCUGUCACAGAAACACAUGCACUUGAGAACACGGAGCAAUGAUUUAUUACACUGAAAAAACUGAAACGUUGACUUAAAUUAAAUAUAUUAUGUCAACACAUUUCACAUAACUC